AUGCGCGCCGUGCUCUACAGCUUCUUUACGUCCAACGGUCGUUGGUUCAACCCCGAGGCCAAGAAGCCGGUGGUCGGCGCCAAGGACAGCGUCGUCGUGCAGGUCAAGGCUGCGGCCAUCAACCCCGUCGAUUACAAGCUGCCGGCGCUUUUCAUGCAAGGCAAGGGCGUCGGUCUUGACGUUGCUGGCGUUGUGACGGCCGUGAGCCCCGAUGUCACGACGCUGGCGGUUGGCGACCGUGUCUUUGGCAGCACGCAUGGGUCGCUGGCAGAACACGCACUCUGCCAAGCUUCAACGCUGACAAUCCUCCCGGCGUCGCUCACCUUUAUUGAAGGCGCCGCCUUGCCGACGACCUACAUCACUGGCUACCAGGCGCUUGUCAACCAUGGGUUCAAGGCGGGCCAGUCGCUCCUCAUCCUCGGCGCCAGCGGCGGCUGCGGCACGGCUGCGAUCCAGCUCGCCAAGGGUCUCGGCGCGCGUGAGAUUGUCGGCGUCUGCUCCAAGGCCAACGAAGAGCUCGUGCUCUCGCUGGGCGCCGACCGCGUCAUCGACUACAAGACGCAGUCGAUCACGGACCCCGAGUGGGUUCAGCACUUUGACUUUGUCUACGACGCGGCGUCGGCCUCCGGUGGCGGCGAAGAUUACCUCGUCGACUCGCAGACGGUCCUGAACGAGAAGGGCACGUACGUGGCCAUCAACGGCAAGAUUUCGUUGUGGCUGCGUCACUUUUUGGGCCUCGGCCAAUACCGCCGUCGCCGACAUUCUGGAGGCGCAAAAUGUCAAGCCCAUCAUUGA